AGUUUGAAUCGGCCUCGGGGGCUUUCUGCGGCCGGAGGGGCAGCGCAGCGGCCGCGACCUCCGCGAGCGCCAGCGACCCAGCCCGCCAGCCUGGAUCCCGGGCCACAGCGGGCUGCUCGCGCUCCGCCACCGCUCGCGUCCCCCGCUGGUCCGCAGCCCCCCGCCCGACCCCGGACCCCGCAGCCUCCGGGCGAGGGAGCCGAGCCCCCGCGCAGCGCCCGGGCCCCGCGGCGCCAGCAUGUCCUCGACCGAGACCGCGGCGAGUCGCCCGGCGGACAAGUCGCCGCGCCAGCAGGUGGACCAGCUGUUCGCGGGGCUGCACUGGCGGCGGCUGGAGGAGCCGCUGGGCUUCAUCAAAGUUCUCCAGUGGCUCUUUGCUAUUUUCGCCUUCGGGUGCUGCGGCUCCUACAGCGGGGAGACAGGAGCCAUGGUUCGCUGCAACAACGAAGCCAAGGACGUGAGCUCCAUCAUCGUCUUGUUCGGCUAUCCCUUCAGGUUGAACCGGGUCCAGUAUGAGAUGCCGCUCUGUGACGAGGAGUCCACCUCCAAGACCAUGAACCUCCUGGGGGACUUCUCUGCCCCCGCCGAGUUCUUCGUGACGCUGGGCAUCUUCUCCUUCUUCUACACCAUGGCCGCCCUCGUGUUCUACCUGCGCUUCCACCGCCUCUACACGGAGGACAAGCGCUUCCCGCUGGCGGACUUCUGUGUGACCGUCUCCUUCACCUUCUUCUGGCUGGUGGCUGCAGCUGCCUGGGGCAAGGGCCUGACCGACGUCAAGGGGGCCACGCGGCCCUCGAGCCUGACCGUAGCCAUGUCCGUGUGCCACGGAGAGGAGGCCGUGUGCAGUGCCGGGGCCACACCCUCCAUGGGGCUGGUCAAUCUCUCCGUGCUCUUUGGCUUUAUCAACUUCUUCCUGUGGGCCGGGAACUGUUGGUUCGUGUUCAAGGAGACCCCGUGGCACGGGCAGGGCCAGGACCAGGGCCAAGGCCCCAGCCCCGAGAGCACAGCGGAGCAGGGAGCCGUGGAGAAGCAGUAAGCAGCCCCCACCUGGCUACUCCCGAACAGGAUGCACCUCUUCAACCACCUCGGCUCCCAGGACCUCCCUCUUCUUGCUCCUCCAACUCCCCUCCCCUGCCACUCUGGGCUCUGAGAAGUCAUCCAUGGAUGGGCAGGCAGCAGCUGUCGGGAACCUGGGCAGCCCUCCCGGUGGCUUCCUGUCCCUCCGCCGCCAGAACCCCCCAUGGCAGGAGCUUCUUGUCUACUGCUUGGACCCAGGCACCUCACCUAGGUCGUAGGGACCCUCACAGCCUCUGCUACAGGUGAGGGUUGGAGGCAGGAGACCAGAGUCCUGAGACUGGUUCCUAGCAGCCACCUCUAUCAACCUGUCCAGCUUCAAUAAAAGUGGGGGGAGGGGACAUUGGCCGCAGCCUUCUUCCUGGUCCCUUGCGUGGAGGGCCCACCAGUGCUUUAGAGACCCCUCUUCGAUGGCUGCCAUCUAGGCCUCGUGCCGGCGCUGCUCACCACAGCGCUCUAGUUCAGCGUGCUCCCCACUCUCCUCUGGCCUCUGCUGCCCACUGAGCCCGCCAUGUGUGAGCCGGGGAGGCCCCCCGCCUGGCAAACAGCCUUCAGCGGUCCCGGCGCCUUAGACUCAGCGGGGAGCAGAUACAUUGCAACUGCGUUGAAAUUCAAGAAACUAAAGCCAGGAAACUUG